CCCUCAAUUCAAAUCAAACCAUCGUGCCUCGUUCUAAUUUUCAACAGUCCGCGCUCCUCAGGUCACAUGGAACAUCCGGAAAUGCACACGACAUGCGACGACUGCGUCAAGAUCUUGAAACAUGCGGCGGCCUUCCUCACGUCUGAGCCCAAACCCUCCCGGGAGCCCCCACUGCUGCUAUUCGAUUCAUCGUAUCAGUCACGACUGGUAGCUCGGGUGUCUUCGUCGGAAUGCCACAUGUGCGUGCUCCUGAGCGACUGCAUUCCCCGGCUGCUGGAGUCUUUGGACCCUAAAGAAAUGCUAAUCUUGUCCAUCUCCGGCGCUCGGCAUGACCAAAAUGCCGCAAUUGUUUCGCUCGUUGGUUGCGACGUAGAGGCAUUAGACCUCCAGCAGCACUUCAAUGGCUCGCUACGAAUACAAGAGGCUGAACACGGGCAUGUGUGUGUUCUCGAUUCUCCCAGCACAUGGUCGUUGGAGACGUUGAACCGCAUCCGAUUUUGGGUGCGAACCUGCACUUCAUCUCAUAGCAACUGCGCAAGAACUCGAGCGGCAAGCAGGCUUCCACGGCGGUUAAUAGACGUCGGGACAACUCGCUCCGGCCAUGUUUGGCCCACCGAGAAGGAUAUGGGGUCGGAAGACUUCGACUCUCUCUGUCUCCAGCAACUACCCAAUGUCCAGAUCAUCUCGUCAAACUCUCUACCCCCAGACACCCCCUACCUCACCCUCAGUCACAGAUGGGCGAGUACGCCAGCGAUUCUGCUUACCAAAGAGACACUAUUUCUUCUCCAUCAUGACAUAUCUUCCCAUCUUCUGAGUCGCAGCGACACAGCCGUGUUCCAGCAUGCCAUCCACGUCACCAGGGGUCUUGGGUUCCGCUACCUCUGGAUCGAUGCUCUUUGCAUAAUGCAAGACGACGGACCCGAGAAGAUGGCGGACAUUAUCCAGAUGAACGAGAUCUACUCCAACUCGGCUCUCAACAUCUCAGCCGUAGAGGGACGGAUUCGCGAAGGUCUGGUCUUCGAUCGGAAGCCCCUUAGCACGAACCCAUGCCGAUUGGUCGUUAGGGUCCCAACAACCCAAAGGGAUGUCUGCCUUCAGGCAUUCCCCGACAAAUGGUCUCUUCGGAUGUCAGAGGGUUCUUUGAACCAACGCGGCUGGGUGUUCCAAGAACGGACACUGGCGCCACGCAUUGUCCACUUCACCACAAACCAGGUGUUUCGGAUCGGAUCUUUCCUAGUUCCGUUCAAAACUAAGUUCCGUGGUUCGGAGCUGGAGGACGCAUUCAACGGUCGACUCGACACGUUGAGCACCGACGACUAUCUUGAACUCGACUCGGACGGAAGGUAUAUUGUCGAUGUUGUUUGAGAUUGAGGUUGUAAUGUACCUGGAGGGGAUUCAGGUAGGGGGUUAUGUUAGUAUCGAGGACCUUGUUCUUCUGUAUUUCCUCAAGAAUGCCUUUUUCACUUCUCGCCUCACAAGAGUGUCUAGGCUGCUCUCAUAGGCGCGCCUAGAAAGUAGUAAUUACAGAGCUAGACUAGUACAUGCUGUGCAUAGCUACCUCCCUAGGUACCUAACUACCUCUAUAUUCAUUCGCGACAACUUUUUUGGGCCAAAUCCGUAUCAGCGCUGGCAUCAAUUCAAUCAGGCCAAAUAUGAAGCCUUAUUUAACUGUAUUUGAGGCCCGGAAUGGUGUAUUUAUCUGUG